UGCGCUCUUGCCCGGUUUUAGUCGAUUUUUACAUAGCUGCUUAAAAUCGCUUAGUCAAACCACACCUUUUGGGCAUAGACAAAAGAUUUAGAAAUGUCACUGUGUUGUCAAACUUAACCUGGAAGAGUUUGUUUGUUUGUCGGUUGUUUGAGCAUUUAAUGAUUUAAAACUAAACAAAAUGAAGGAUACACCAGGAGAAAUUGAUACUAGAAAUGUCGUCAAGAAUCGGGAGCUGCUUUACCGCAUGAUAAUAAGUCAAUUGUACUACGAUGGAUUCCAACCUAUUGCCGCAACUUUGGCGUCAGCAGUUCAUGCUGAUCCGCCAUGUCCACCCAGUGACCGACUCCUGAAUCUAAUGAUGGUGGGUCUGCAACACGAGCCGGACCGCAAGGACAGGCUCGCAGCUUCCAGUGGAGCUGAACAUCUGCUCGGAACUACUGGAUUUGACUUGGAAUAUGAAAUGGACGCCUCAUCCCUGGCCCCGGAGCCGGCUACCUAUGAGACCGCCUACGUGACGUCACAUAAGAUGGCUUGCAGAGCUGGUGCCUUCAGUGCUUGUGGGCAGCUGGUCGCUACCGGAUCUGUCGAUGCUUCUAUUAAGAUUCUGGACGUGGAACGUAUGUUGGCUAAGUCAGCACCUGAGGAAGUGGACCCAGGGAGGGAACAGCAAGGACACCCUGUCAUCAGGACAUUAUACGACCACACAGACGAGAUCACAGCCCUGGACUUCCACCCUCGCGAACAGAUACUGGUGUCCGCCUCCCGAGACUGUUGCAUCAAACUAUUCGACAUCACUAAGGCGUCCGCUAAGAAGGCUUAUAAAUCUAUCACUGACGCAGAACAAGUGCUAUGCGUGGCGUUCCACCCUCUAGGCGACCACAUAAUAGCGUCUAGCACCCAACCAGUGAUCCGGCUGUAUGACGUCACCACUAGUGCCUGCUUCGUGUGCCCCAUACCUUCGCAUCAUCAUACUAGACAAGUUAAUUCUAUACAAUUCUCCCCGAACGGCAAGUACUUCGCGAGCGGCAGCGCGGACGGCUGCGUGAAGCUUUGGGACACGGUGUCCAACCGAUGCUUCAACACGUUCAUCAAUGCACACGACGGCGCCGAGGUCUGCUCCGUCGCUUUUACCAGGAAUAGCAAGUAUUUAUUGACAUCUGGAUUGGAUUCGUCCAUUAAGCUUUGGGAGCUUGCCAGUAGCCGAUGUCUGAUUCAAUACACCGGCGCGGGAACUACAGAAUCGUCGCCAUUACUUGCUGAAAUUCAUGAUCCUGAAUUCGUGACUGAAGAUAGAACACUGACACCUGGAAUCGAUACAUCCGCCCAAGAAAGUCUUCCUGAUUCGCCUAUGGAUAACGGCCUCGAAAAUACAGAUUCAGUAUCGAUAAUAUCUACUCCAUGUAUUGACUAUUAUGCAGUUUCGACCCCAAAAAUUACAAAACGUAGAUCAAAAAGGACUGAUGUGGGUAUUGAACUUGAAAGUGAAUGGAUAACUAGAAAGAGAAAAAGUUUGUGUAACACAGGAUUGGAGUAUACAACGUCAAAAGGAAAGACUAAAGCAGCAAGGAGUAUUAAAGACAGCUGUGUGAAUUGUCGUCUGCAAUGCCAUAAUAAAAUAAGCGACGAGGUUCGAGUUAAUCUGUUCGAAAACUUCUGGAGUACAGGUGAUCACGCAAAACAAUGGGAACUUAUAGCCAAAUAUGUGAUACAGAAAAGCAAAAAGACUGCCACUAAAGUUGACAAUGAAUCUAGUCGUCGAUCACACACUUUGUAUUAUCAUCUGCCCAUAAAUUCUGACAAUGGAAUCACAUUACAAAAAGUUUGCAAGACAAUGUUCUUGAAUACAUUCGAUAUUAGUAAAGAUUUUGUUUAUACUGCAAUACGUAAAAACCAAGAAAUCAAUGAUUUUACUGAUGUUACUGAUGACAGAGGAAGACAUAAAAACCAUAGAUGUAUAAUUUCAAAUGAAAUGAAGCAGAGUGUCUUAGAUCACGUUAAUUCAUUCACCCCUAUCGAGUCUCGCUAUGUUAGAAAACGUACGAGUAAAAAAUAUUUAGAUAGUUCUCUAUCUUUUUCGAAAAUGUUUAAAUUGUAUGUUGAGUGGUGUGAUGAUAAUAAUUAUAAUUGUAGAGUACAGACAGUAAGACAGUAUAGAGAUAUAGUUAAUGCUAAUUUGAAGAUAGGCUUUCGUUUACCAAAUAAAAAAGGUAAUUUAAAAAGCUAAAAAACCCGACUGCGUUUCUUUAUAACAUGAAAAUGAAA